AUGGAAAAGAUGACAGUUUCUUCGAAUUACACCAUAGCUUUAUGGGCUACUUUCACCGCAAUCUCCUUUGCCGUGGGUUACCAGUUGGGUACGUCGAACGCAUCAUCAACUAAGAAAUCCUCAGCUACUUUACUGCGUUCUAAAGAAAUGAAGGAAGGAAAGCUACACAAUGACACUGAUGAGGAGGAAAGUGAAAGCGAAGAUGAGAGCGAUGAGGACGAAGAUAUUGAGUCCACUUCAUUGAAUGAUAUACCUGGAGAAGUUAGGAUGGCAUUGGUGAUUCGUCAAGAUCUUGGCAUGACAAAGGGCAAAAUAGCGGCACAAUGCUGUCACGCAGCAUUGUCAUGUUUUAGACAUAUUGCUACAAACCCCGCGCGUGCUUCAUACAACCCAAUUAUGACACAAAGAUGGCUAAAUGCUGGACAGGCUAAAAUAACGUUGAAAUGUCCAGAUAAGUUUACAAUGGACGAGUUGUAUGCGAAGGCUAUAUCACUUGGGGUGAAUGCAGCAGUUAUUCAUGAUGCUGGUAGAACACAGAUUGCUGCGGGAAGUGCCACCGUAUUGGGUUUAGGACCUGCUCCAAAAGCAGUAUUGGAUCAAAUAACAGGUGAUUUGAAAUUGUAUUGA